GCGACCGGCGUCGGGGGAUAGCACGCAUGCGUCUUGUCUUCGAAUGGGUGGCACCCUUAUCCUCGCGGCGGCGGCAGGAGCCGUGGCCGUGCUGCUGGCAGUGCGGCUAUGGGUAGUGCUGCGUCCCCGCGCCGCUGUGCCCCGGCGGUCUCUCAGCCUCUUGGUGGUGGCUGGGUCCGGUGGGCAUACCACUGAGAUCCUGAGGCUGCUUGAGAACUUGUCCGAUGCUUACUCUCCUAGACAUUAUAUCAUUUCUGACACUGAUGAAAUGAGUGCCCAUAAAAUAAAUUCUUUUGAAGGAAAUCGAGCUGAUAGAAACCCCAGUGCUAUGUUUACCGAAUACUAUAUUCACCGCAUUCCCAGAAGCCGGGAGGUCCAGCAGUCCUGGCUGUCCACGGUACUCACCACCUUGUACUCUAUGUGGCUCUCCUUCCCCCUGACUCACCGAGUGAAGCCAGAUUUGGUGUUAUGUAACGGACCAGGAACAUGUGUUCCUAUCUGUAUAUCUGCCCUUCUCCUUGGGAUACUAGGAAUAAAGAAAGUGAUCAUUGUCUACGUUGAAAGCAUCUGCCGAGUGGAACAUUUAUCCCUGUCCGGAAAGAUUCUGUUUCACCUCUCCGAUUACUUCAUUGUUCAGUGGCCGACUCUUAAGGAGAAAUAUCCCAAAUCUGUCUACCUCGGGCGAAUUGUUUGAUGAAUGACAACUUACUUCUUUAGAAUUUUGCAGUCAACAAUAUUUACUAUAAAUGGGGAACAGAAAACUACAUGUUUAUGUAAAAGCCUUUGAGAAUCCUGAGAAUUAUUGGUGGUCAAGAGUAGAGAAAUGUAUAAGUAACCCAGUGAGGAAACUGAGGUUGCUUUUAUAAAACAAACAUUAAUAAACCAUUAAGUGUUUAUGCCUCCGUGCUCCAAAUUUCUGUUCUAUAUAAAGAUGUUUACCACUACCUGCAAGUUAUCUUCUGACUUGUUUUACUGAUACUUUACUAAUAUUUUCUAGAACUAAAUAUAGAAUUUGUAUGAUUAGCCACAUUUCCUGUUCUACAGCUUUUUUUUUGUUUUACAGUAUUCUGCAUUAUAGAAAGAAAAAGAAAAAUAUUUCUUAGUUUUUGUUCAGACACAACAGGCUUUAUUUCCUGUAUGGAAACAGAGAGGUCCCUAGUGAAUCCUUUCAGCAUAAAGGAAGCAGUUAUAUUAAAUUGGCUUCAUGACAAUUUGCACUCCACAGGCUUCCAGAACUGAGCGCAUAAACCAGUAUCUGUUUUUAUUCUUUGGUUUUGCUUUGUGAGUAGCUGGCCUUACUCCAGGAUAUCUUUUAAAAUCUUUUGUUUGUUAAAAUAAAUGAAAAGGUGACUACUGUCAUACGAGUAAAAACAUGGUUCUGUUUAUCAGGGCCGAACUCUCAAAACAUUUUUUUUAAUGUUAUGGUAAAUUCACGAUUUUGUGGCUAUAGCUAUCUCUGGCAUUUUAAGAUGUGUAGGCUCAGGAGAGUAUAUAUUUACUUAACAUUUACUUAAGUGCUUGUUGUAUGCCAGGUGUUCUUCUAAGCACUUUUCAAAUAUUAACUCAUUUAACUCUAAUAACAACUCAAUGAGGUAGGGACUGUAAUUUCCCCCAUUUUACAGAUGACUUUCCAAGCUCAUAGGACUAGUAAGUGCCAAAUCGAGAAUUCGAGCCCAAGCUUAAGAGCAGAGCCAGGAUCAUGGACAUGGGGCCUCUGCGGCCACAUAGGGACCCACAGUUAGGAGGGCCCGACACUUGGUUUAGUACUCUGCUGUCUCUCUCUUGAAUUUCUUAGCAUGUUUUGAACAAGAGGCUCACACUGUAUUUUGCACUGGACCUUGCCGAUUAUUUAGCUGGCCCCGCUUGAGAAUCUGUGCUCCUCAAGAGCCGUGUCAACUACAACAGAAGUACAACACCUAACGCAGGGCCUGGCCCAGCAGCUCUGCAAGAAACAGGAAUUCCAUUCCCCUCCCUGCUAUUUUAACAAGGCAACAAACAAUGAGAAGACCUCUUGUGAUGUUUAAGUUGUUUGUUUUUUUUUUCCUCUUAAAUCUGUCUUAUAAGUAUGAUAUAAA